UUCCUCUCACGCCCACUUCCAACCUAAGAGGCUUUUGGUUUCUGCUUUUGUUGUUUUUAAAAUGAAAAGUUGAACCCAGGAAGGUUGGGAGCAGACUUUUGCCUUGUAGUUCGCAUGUGGAUUAACUGAUGUCUGACGAGUACAUGGAGCCAGCCUUUUGUAACCUCCUCUUCCAACAAUUUCUAAGAAGAAAAAGGAGCUCUUAAAUCUAAGAAAAUGCCUCGAACGAAGCAGAUUCAUCCCAGAAAUCUCAGAGUGAAUGGUGCCAUCUGCAUUCAGGGACGGUCUUCCCCCAGUCUUAUCUCACAUGCCAUGUCAAAUCCAGAAGUCUCAAGUAUAUUUGAACGAACUGCUGGGUGCCUCUUAAUGCAGUCAAGUUGGCGAUCAAGGCUGCCCGUCAUGUGUUACAAAAUUGAAGAAGCACAAAAAGAGCUUAAUGGGGCAGAAGUUUCCAAAAAAGAAAUCCUAGAGGCUGGCACUAAAGGAGCUUCUGAGUCUCUUAAAGGUGUAAAACGAAAAAAGAUUGUUGCUGAGAAUCACCUGAAAAAAAUACCAAAAUCCCCCCUGAGGAACCCUCUUCAGACAAAACACAAGCAAAACACAGAAGAGUCGUCGCUCAGCAUUCUCCAGAGUGUGUCAGAAUCUCACAAGAAACACAACUGUGUCCCUGCUAAAAAUGGGAAGCAAUUUACCAAGCAAAAUGGAGAAGCACCUGGCAUGACUGCUGAGGUCUCCAAAGCUGAAGACUUCGUCUCCCCAAAGAAAGCCUCGUUUCCUCAGCACCGGUCAGAGCUGCGGAGAUGGCGGUCUGAGGGCUCAGACCCAGCCAGGCUCAGUGGACACAAUGGACAGUGGGGUUCCAGCUCCCCCUCCAGUAAAAGCAGGCCUGACACCAGUGAAUGUAACUCUCCUUGCUGUAGCAGCACGCCCCCCUCCUACACAAGUACCGCAUUCGAUGUCUUACUGAAAGCAAUGGAGCCAGAGCUGAGUACCUUGUCACAGAAGGGCUCAUUUUGUGCAGUAAAGACAGAAAAACCGAGACCAAAUAAAAGUGUACGAUCCCCUUCUAAACUAAAGAACAGCUCCCUGGAUGCCCCAAAUCCUACUUCCCAAGAAUCGGUCGCUGAAUUGCAGUGUUCUCCGUGUACCUCAUACCCAGUACAUGUGGCCUCCACUCAGAAGAGUGAGCACGUGGCAGCUCAGUGUGUUUCUCACCUGGAUAACCCACACGACCACCUUGCUCCCAAACCUAACCAACAGAGUCAGCAGCUUCCGGGGCACCUGGGCUCACUAGGAUCUCUGACAAAUCUGCACACCCUCGAGAACUCUAAACUUGAAGCGGUUUAUAAUACACCAGUGACGUCCACUGUAGGUCUCACUUCUCCCUCCAGUAGAACUCAGGUUACUCCUCCACACCAGCAAAUGGAUUCUGUGUCACCUUCGUCAGUAAGCCCCGCCAGCUCCGCACAGUCGCCCCCAGGGCCGAUUUACAGCUCCACCCAUGUUGCUUCUGUUGUUAGUCAAAGUGUAGAGCAAAUGUGCAAUCUUCUUCUGCGAGAUCAGAAACCAAAAAAACAAGGCAAAUAUAUCUGUGAGUAUUGCAAUAGAGCGUGUGCAAAGCCCAGCGUGCUUUUAAAGCAUAUCCGCUCCCACACUGGGGAGCGGCCCUACCCCUGUGUGACAUGCGGGUUCUCAUUUAAGACUAAAAGCAAUCUGUAUAAGCACAAAAAAUCCCAUGCACAUACCAUCAAACUGGGUCUUGUCUUACAGCCAGAGGCUGGUGGUUUAUUCUUGUCCCAAGAGUGCCCCAAAGCACUUAGUGUCCAUUCGGAUGUUGAGGACAGUGGAGAGAGUGAUGAAGAGGGGCCUGGAGACGGGAGGCAGAAUGACCCAGGUGUCAUGGACCUGCAGCCUGGGCAAAUAAUGAAGACGAUAGCUAAUCCUGAAGCUUUACCCAAGUCUGUUCCAAGCAAUUCAGAUCAUGUGGUCAGUGUCCUCUCUUCACAGAGCGGACCUUCAGAGUCACAAGCCCUGACAGAGUUACCAAAAGUUGUGGUCCACCCAGUAAGUGUGUCCCCCCUAAGAACUGACAGCCCACAGGUGGCCAAUCCCAAGCCUGAACUUCCUAGCACACAGAGGCAGAAGGACCUUCAAGUGGCAACAAUACUGUCACAUUCAGCUGGUGUGUCUUCCCUGGAGACAGAUGAGAAGUGCCAUCAAAAGGGGGGUGCGAGUCAGUUGGAAGGGAAGCCAGAUUCUCACAGUGGAACAGCACACGCGCAACUCCAAAGGCAGCAGGCCACCGACGACCCCCAGGAGCAGCAAGGAAAGCUGCUUCUGAGUCCUCGGAGCUUAGGAAGUACAGAUUCUGGCUACUUUUCACGAUCUGAAAGUGCUGAUCAAGCUGUGAGUCCACCAACUCCAUUUGCCAGAACUUUCCCCAGCACGGACCCAGACCCGGCUAAGAGCAGUGGACCCCCUGGGCCUCGAGUCCGUUCUCCUGCACCUUCUGCUCGGACCACUGGAGAGAAGUCAUCAGUUGUAGGGCAGAUGCGCCCACCCUUGGCAACUAAAACUCUGGAGGAAAGAAUUUCAAAGCUGAUCUCAGACAAUGAAGCCCUGGUCGAUGAUAAGCAACUGGAUAGUGUGAAGCCCCGGAGAACCUCACUUUCCAGACGGGGAAGCAUUGAUUCCCCCAAAUCAUACAUAUUUAAAGAUUCCUUCCAGUUUGACCUAAAACCCAUGGGACGGAGGACAAGCUCUAGCUCUGACAUACCGAAGUCCCCAUUCACCCCAACUGAGAAGUCAAAGCAAGUGUUUCUCCUGUCUGUUCCUUCCCUGGACUGCCUGCCUAUUACGAGAAGUAACUCCAUGCCAACCACAGGAUAUUCAGCCGUCCCUGCAAAUUUAAUUCCUCCCCCUCCCCCUCUGAGAGGAAGCCAAUCAUUUGAUGAUAAAAUCGGCACUUUCUAUGAUGAUGUCUUUGUGUCAGGACCCAGCCCAUCCAUGCCCUCAAGUGGACAUCACCGUCCCCUGGUCAGACAGGCUGCAGUGGAAGACUCCACAGCCAGUGAGAAUCAUGUGCUGGGAUCUGGGCAGUCUGUGGAUGAGAGCUGUCAAGGGUGCCCAGCCACCAGUCAGCCUGGGCCAGUGCACACCAAAGCAGCGCAAGCUCCUCACCUGGAAAAGAAGAAGUCGCACCAGGGUCGAGGGACCAUGUUUGAGUGUGAAACCUGUCGAAACAGGUACAGGAAACUGGAGAAUUUUGAGAAUCAUAAGAAAUUUUACUGUUCAGAAUUACAUGGGCCCAAAACAAAGGUAGCUGUGAGAGAGACGGAGCACAGCCCAGCACCCGGCGGGACACAACCCCAGGUUCUCCACUACAGAGUUGCUGGCCCCACAGGUGGGUGGGAGCAGACGCCCCAGAUAAGAAAGAGGAGGAAAAUGAAAAGUGUAGGCGACGAUGAGGACCCACAGCCACGUGAGAGUGGGAUGUCCCCAGAAAGCACUGAGGCCCUUCAGCUACAGCCUGUCCCAGGCUCGGUUCCCAGUCCAUCUAAACAGGCCACUGCCACAGCUGGUGACCAGGCACACAGAGCCGUCCAUCUACAGAGCUCUCCUGUCCAGCCUCUGGCCAGGGUCCCUGAGCAGGCCUUGUACCUGAAGCAGUGCCCCGUGGCUGAACAACAGCUGAAUUCUGCAGCACAGGACAAGAUGGAGGUGAAGAGGCAAGGGGGUGGCAUCUCUGUCAUCCAGCACACCAACUCACUGAGCAGACCCAGUUCAUUCGACAAGCUGGAGCCCUCAGAAGGAGGCACUGCCUUUUCUUUACAGGAGCUAGGCAGAACUGGGGUCCCUGGAGCUCUGAAACUGAUAGGGAUCCCACCAGAGGAAGGUCACCCACCUCGGGAUGCCACACAUCAGACGGCACUGCCACAUGCCCUUAGAGGAGAGCCACGGGAAAGUCCUAGAAAAAUUCCAAGUGAGCGUUAUGUGUUGGGACAGCCCUUGAGGCUUGUCCGUCAGCACAACAUCCAGGUCCCAGAAAUUCUGGUUACUGAAGAGCCAGACCGGGACCUGGAAGCCCAGGGCCAUGACGAAGAAAAGUCAGAGAAGUUCACUUGGCCUCAGCGCAGUGAAACCUUAUCAAAGCUGCCAACAGAGAAGCUGCCACCCAAAAAAAAAAGGCUCCGGCUGGCUGAGAUAGAGCACUCCUCAACAGAGUCAAGCUUCGAUUCCACGCUCUCCCAGAGUCUCAGCAGAGAAAGCAGCUUAUCCCGAGCGUCCAGCUUCUCAGCCUCCGUGGACAUAGAAGACAUGUCUAAAGCCGAGGUGUCCCCCAGAGCUGAUUUCCCAAGUAAAGCAGAGUUUCUUCUGAUUCCACUGGGCUCGAACACAUUGAGUGUCCCUGGAAGUCACAGGGAAAUGAGGCGUGCUGCCUCAGAGCAGAUUAGUUGCAUGCCCACGUUGAUGGAGGUCUCUGACUUCAGAAGUAAGUCCUUCGACUGUGGGAGCAUUGCUCCUUCCCAUGCAGCGCCUGUACUCCUUGAAUCUCAACCCUCCAACUCCCCGUCAGGUGUUAGGAACUCCGGACACGUGCCCCUUUUAGAAAGGAGACGAGGUCCCCUGAUUCGGCAGAUAUCUUUAAACAUAGCUUCAGAUAGUCACCUAUCUCCUGUCAGUGUAUCAUCUUUCCAAAAUAUUGUUCUUCCUACUGUAAAUGCAAUGCCGCUUCAGGGUCCAAGACUUUCUGACGCACCUUCUGCUGAGUUUCCUGCACAUACUGUGCACUCCCAAACCCCGGCUAAGGACCUUCAGGCAGAAAUGCCAUGUCCCAAGUCUACUGACAGCUUUCCUCCUCAACAGCUUUUUGGUGUCCAUUUAUUAAAUAAAACCAACACACCCCUUUGUCACCAAAACACACUGCUGUGUCUGCCAGCACCUGCACAGGGUGGCAAACCAGGUGCAAAUCCCACGGUGUGCAUGUCCUCUGCAGGCGAGGGUAGCUUUGCUCCCAAGUACCAGCUUCAGUGUCAAGCGCUCACUUCAGGCCAGGGUUGCUCUUCGAGUCCUCUGCAUCCUUUACCUAAUCCAGUUCUUCCAGAUCAAACUGGAGCAGAUCCAUGCUCGGCUUCAGGAGCAGUCAGCGCAGCCGAUCCUGUGUCUAAAUCCUGCCCUCCGCCUCCACUGGAGCUCAGCCCACCAACUGAGCAGGUGCAGAAGGGACUACCAUCCUUUAUGCUGCCAGCGCACCAACAGAGUACUGUUCCUAUGUACUGUUUUGCAACUGUCACAUCUCUGCCACAAAUCUUAGUGACCCAUGACCUGUCCAACACGCCAGUUUGCCAAACUAGUCAAAGUAUAGUGCCAGUCAGUGAAGAACAAAAUUCUAUGCCAAAAUCACAGAACCAUCUCCAAAAUGCAUUGCCAACACCGGAGAUGGAUCUUGCUUACAAAACUGUUCUCCCAGAGAUGGGCCAAAAUGUUUCAGUCUCAGACUCCUUGCCGGCAGUUCAGAAGGUGUCUGUUGGUAGACUGUCCCCGCAACACGAAUCCUCAGCCUCGAGUAAAAGGAUGCUUUCCCCAGCAAACAGUUUAGACAUUGCCAUGGAAAAGCAUCAGAAGCGGGCUAAAGAUGAGAACGGAGCUGUUUGCAGCACAAAUGUCAGCCCCUUGGAGCUGCCAUGCUCAAGAGCUAGCGAGGGCCAGAAGCCAAAGAAGCCAGUGCUGGUGAGGCAGCUGUGCACGACAGAGCCCCUGGAAGGAGCAGCACUGGAGCAGGAUGCUUUCUCUGCAUCUGAAAGGAGCAGCGAGAAUGCUAAUUUGGUGCAGGUUUUAACAACUGAUAAUUUGUCAUCCGGACCCUCUAUGUUUGCAGUCACAGACCGUGAAUUGCAGGAGUUUAAGAGCACGAAGUCGUCCACUUCGUUGACUCCCACCAUGCGAACUUCACCUGUCCCAUCAGAAAGUGCCUGUGCUUUGCCUCUGCAGUCUACAGACAACAGCCAGGACGCAGAGUCACCAGGGGAGAAGGAAGGCAACGUCCAGGGCCAGAGCCAGCGUCCAAGCCCUGGUCUUCCAUCGGUCAGCAGUUCAGACGCUCAGCAGCCACCAUUCCCCAGCCUCAAGACCGCAACCAGCUUCACGUGGUGUUACCUGCUCAGACGGAAGUCUUUGCCGUUGCCUCAGAGCGACCAGAAGACAUCGGCCUACACUGGCUGGGCAGUGAGCUCCAGUAACCCAAAUCCACUUGGUUUGCCUACAAAAGUUGCUCUUUCUCUUCUUAAUUCUAAACAGAAGACUGGAAAGUCAGUGUACUGCCAAGCAAUAACCACCCAUUCAAAAUCAGAUUUAGUGGUCUAUUCAAGCAAGUGGAAAAACAACUUAAGCAAGAAAGCAUUAGGUAAUCAAAAGUCCACAGUAGUUGAAUUCAGCAAUAAAGAUGACUCUGAAAUUAUCAGUGAGCAAGAUAAAGAAAAUUCCUUAAUCAAAAGUGAACCAAGAAGAAUUAAAAUAUUUGACGGAGGGUACAAGUCAAAUGAGGAUUAUGUGUAUGUCCGAGGCAGGGGAAGAGGAAAGUACAUUUGCGAAGAGUGUGGAAUACGUUGUAAGAAACCCAGCAUGUUAAAGAAGCAUAUCCGAACCCACACAGAUGUCCGCCCCUACCAUUGCACUUACUGUAACUUCUCCUUCAAGACGAAAGGAAAUCUGACAAAACACAUGAAGUCCAAGGCGCAUAGCAAGAAGUGUGUGGAUUUAGGCAUCUCGGUGGGCUUAAUAGAUGAGCAAGACACAGAAGAAUCGGAUGAAAAACAAAGAUUCGGUUAUGAGCGGUCUGGAUACGAUCUUGAAGAGUCUGAUGGUCCAGAUGAGGAUGACAACGACAACGAAGAGGACGAUGAGGACAGCCAGGCAGAGUCUGGCCUCUCAGCAGCACCCUCAGUCACAGCCAGCCCACAGCAUCUUCCAUCCAGAAGUGGCCUUCAGGACCCCGGGAGUGUAGAGGAGGACCUUAGAGUUCCCAGCUGCUUCUCAGGACUACACACGGACCCCAUGGACCUUCUGCCUAGAGCAUUGCUCACCAAGAUGACUGUUCUGAGCACAGAACAGAUUGACCCCAACAGGACAGACUUACCAGCAAAGGCCAGGCAGAAUCCUGAAAAAGAUGAGCCUGAACUGGUUCCUCCUGGAGACACUCCCAGGUCCCCAGAAGUUACCCCCAGGUCUCCCGGCCAUCAGAUGUCUGUGCAUUAUGCUGAAUCUGAUGUUCUGAGAAGUCCUACCUCUGGAAAGAACGUGGCUUCAGUACAGGAUUCAGCAGCUGUGAGACUGCCUCCUGCUACAGCCCAGCUCCACCCUCAGCCAGCAGCCAGGAUUUCUUCCUCAGACUCACCUCACCCUGACAGUCAAGAACCGCAGCAGCAAAUAACCUUGCAUCCGCCUCCAGGCCUGCCUUCCCCUCAGACACGUUUGUUUAGCCACCUCCCCUUGCAUUCCCAGCAGCAAUCAAGGACCCCGUACAACAUGGUUCCUGUAGGGGGCAUCCAUGUGGUGCCUGCCGGCCUCACCUACUCCACCUUUGUGCCCAUUCAGGCCGGGCCAAUGCAACUUACCAUCCCUGCCGUGAGUGUUAUUCACAGAACCAUGGGUACCCCUGGGGAUACUGUCACCGAAGUUUCUGGCACUACUAAUCGCCCCACCGGCGUGGCUGAAUUGAGCAGUGUUGUGCCGUGUAUUCCCAUUGGCCAAAUUCAUGUGCCAGGCCUGCAGAACCUAAGUCCCCCAGCCUUGCAGUCGCUCACGUCCCUGGGUAUGGAGACUGUCAAUAUCGUGGGCCUGGCCAAUGCGACCAUGGGCCCACAGGUGCACCCUCCAGGCCUUGCCCUCAACGCAGUGGGGCUCCAGGUUCUGGCCAACGCGCCUGCGCAGAGCAGCCCCGCCCCACAGGCUCACAUUCCAGGUCUCCAGAUCCUCAACAUCGCCUUGCCCACCCUGAUCCCCACGGUCGGCCCGGUGGCUGUGGGCACUGCGGGGACGCCAGAGACAGGCACUUCCAACAGCAAAGCUAUGGAGCCACAGAUACCCACAGGCCAGGGGCACAACGCCGAGCUGCCUCAAGGGUCACCCAAAGGCCCUCAGGAAACUCCCAAAGCAGUGCCGGGUCCCUCAGCUGACCACGCAAAGCCUGAAGGCCCAAGCAAAAUGGACACCAAGAAGGCAUCUUCGACAAGUCAUGUGUUGCCCGGGCGGUUGCAGCCCACACCCACACCCACACCAGAAGAUUUACAGAAGGUGGCAACUUCAUGUCCCCCGUCUCUCCCCACAGACAGACCCGCUCCCCGGCCCCUGGCUCCCCACAGGCGGCCCACUGUGCACUUCAGCGACGUGAGCAGUGAUGACGACGAGGACAGGCUUGUCAUAGCAACCUAGUGGUUUAUUUUUUAUUGAUUUUUUUAAAUAACAGUUUUUUUAAACCCUUUCCUUAAAGCACAUUUUUU